AUGGAGGCCUACUCGAGGGACCUGCUGCGCGGCGUCGGCGGGGGAGGCGAGACCGGUCGCGGCGAGGAGAAGCCGCGGCGCCUGGAUUCGCAGGCCGAGGAGGUCGAGCUUAGCCUCGGCCUGUCGCUCGGGGGGCGAUUCGGGCAGGAGAGGAGGAGGGGCGAGGGGCUCGCCAGGUCCUCGUCCGUCGCCUGCAUCCAGCAGGUGGCGCCGGCGCCGCCCGCGCUCCCCAGGACAAGCUCCCUGCCGCCUAUGGCGGAGGCGGAGGCGGGGAACAACGCCGCUUCGCCUAGGAGCGGCGCUGAGGUCCAACCGCAGGGGAGUGGUGUCGCUCUGAACGGCGUCGUGGUAGAGCCCGCAGCUUUGCCACGGGCGAGGUUGAGCCCCCCGUCCACAGGCUCGUCGGGCGGCGUAGGGAAGCUGCGGGCGAGCGUGAGCCCCCCGUCCACAGGCUCGUCGGACGGCGAAGGAAUCCUCGUGAGGACAAGUUCACUCCCUGCUGGCAUCGAGGACGGGUGGAGGAAGAGGAAGCUAGCAGAAACUCUGAACAAACUCGAAAUGAAGAGGAGUAUCGACAGGAUGAACUCUUCCAACGUUUCUGUAGGGGAAGUUGGAGAGAACCCAGAUGAAAUGAGUGAGCAGGCAGGAGGAAAGGCAACAGUACAAAGAAUGAACCGUACCAAUGUGAGGCGUCGCUUGAGUGGGCUUCCUCCACCAUAUCAGCCUCCAGCUGCAUCACAAGGUCCGAAAAGGAAUUCAGCUUUGAAAGGAACUCCUGGCACUCUAGGGCGGAGCCUGUCAUCGGCUGUUCUGCCCUCGUCUGUGGGUGCAAACAGCAGCGCCGUGGCAACCUCUUCAUCUUCAGCAUUGGCGGUGAGAGCAGCAGCCCCUGGCAUCUCCAUAGGGGAGCAGAAGGAUGGUUCGGAAUGGCCGGCGGCAAGAGCUACUAGGACUAGGAGCGUGGCAGACAUGGUGCGGAAGAUGCCAGUGGUGUACACCAGCGGGCUCCGCAACGGCGAGAGGAUCGACGGCUUCCUGUACCAGUACAGCAGAGCUGAGGAGGUGAGGAUUGUGUGUGUGUGCCAUGGUAGCUUCCUGACUCCGGCGGAGUUUGUGGCGCAUGCUGGAGGCGGCGAAGUCGCCCACCCGAUGAGGCACAUCGUCGUGAACCCCCCGUCGUCUUCGCUCUAG